AUGCCACAAGGGAUAGCUAAUGAUUGGUGGCAGAUGGAGAAGCGCAUACACGAGCAUGAUGCCAACCCCUAUACAUGGGAAAGGUUUAAGAAUGCAUUCAAUGAAAAAUACUUCCCUAGGAGUGUUCGUCUACAAAAACAAAGGGAAUUUUCGAAGUUAGAGCAAAGGAAUAAGACGGUUGCAGAAUAUGAAGCCGAGUUUACGAAGUUGUCUAAAUUUGCAUCAACAUUUGAAGCAGACGAGGAUAGCAGAGCACGAAAGUUCGAAAGUGGGCUAAGAACGAACAUUAUGCAACAGGUGGUUCCUUUCGAGUUACCUACUUUUGGAGCAAUGUUGAAUAAGGCUUUGUUGGUUGAGAGUGGCCUCACUAGAGCCCAAGAAGAGAAAGAAGAGAAUUAUAAGAAGAGGCCUAGUUCUUCCAACUUCCAAACUAACAACAGUUCGAAGGGCCAUGCUAAGAGACAAAACACUUCUUCGGUUGGGAGUUGGAGAAGUCGAACCAUGGGUGGUAGUGUUGACAAGCAGAACGAUCCGGUACAGUGCACUAGGUGUAAUGGAUUCCAUCAGGAUAGUGAGUGUCAUUGGAAUACUGGGGCUUGUUUCUCUUGCGGGCAACAAGGGCACAGGAUAGCUGAUUGCCCUAACCGGAAGGGGCAUGAGAUUGAACAGAAAACAUGGACAAAUAAAGGAGCAUCAAUAGACAAAGGGUUUUCAGGAAGUCAAAAGAAAAAUGGAGGUCAAGACCCAAAGACUCAGGGUUGA